AUGCCAAACGUACACAGUUUCUUGGUUGGUAUCUGACUGCUACUGUGCCAACUUCCCAGAGAGAUUUCAGGCAAAGACAACGAAGAUAUUCAGGAAUGUGGCCAAGAUUUCAUCUGCAUCCUUAUUGACAUCUGUAGCUUGCCCACAUAUAAGAGAAAUGUUCUGAGCGUGGAGGAGGCUCCACUGGGAUCAGGACCACCAGCAGAAAUCAUGCCAUCCUCCAUGACCAAUGAUGUAGAAACCUUAAAGAUGCUGGAAUUUGUUCCUACUUUGCCCCAAGAGAAGAAGGCAACACUAUCUGAGAGGCAGCCAUCAUUGAGAGAGCAACUACAUUCUGCAUUAAAGGAUUCAAAUCUUAACUGUGAAGAAUUUAAAAAUGAAGCAGAAGACAACAGAGGUUCAGAAUUGGAAAACUCAGGCUCAGAGAGACAUUACCCAAAAGAGAGAGUUAGCCUGGCUAAGAAAUGUUGCUAUGACGCUUUCUUCCUAGUGAGGGUGGAGAGAAAAACGAACCAUUUUCAGGGCCAACAGCUUGCCACCUGGGGCGGCCUGAGGGCCCUGCGAAAUUCGGGAAGCUUGGGCAGCGCCUCCACAGCUGCCCUCAUCUUGACUCGAAGUUCUCGCGAGGUCUGGAAACGAAGAUCAGAAGGUGCGCACCUCGCCUUGAAGUUCUCGCGAGGACCGCACACGAAGAUCAGAAGGUCUCCAUGUGCACGUGAGCAGUCGCGCGGGACGGGCAGUUAG